AUGACAAUCGACGCCAGCAACAUAGAGCACCAAAUCCGGCUUAAAAACACGCAAACAAUCCUUCAACACCUGCAGCAUCACCAGCAGCAGCAGCAGCAGCAGCAGCAGCAACAGCAGCAGCAGCAGGAGCGGAGAUAUACCGGUCGUUGCGGGGAGUCACAAAAUAAUACCAGAGGGACGUUAAUGCUGCAGCUGCAGGGGGUAGUUGUUGCUGCAGUGUAUGGAGACCGUCUUCACUUCGCUUCGUCCCUUAAAUAUUUCUGCUGUGCCGUCGCCCUGGUGGACAUCCACGUCAACCACCAAUACCCGCCUGGAGCAGCAGCAGCAGCAGCAGCAGCAGCAAAAGUAACGGAAGCAGCAGCGGCGGCAGCAGCAACAGGAGUAGCGGCCACAGCAGCAGCAGCAGCAAAAGUAACGGCAGCAGCAGCAGCGACAGCAGCAUCAGGAGUAGCGGCAGAAGGAGGAGCAGCAACAGCAGCAGAAGAAGCAGCAAAAGCAGCAGCGGCAGCAGCAGCAACAGCAGGAGCCGCAGGAGUAGCGGCAGCAGCAGCAGGACUAGCGGCAGCAGUAGAAGCAGUAGCAGCAGCAGCGGCAGCAGGUGUGGCAGCAGCAGCAGCAACAAAGGCAGCCGGAAAGUCAGCAGCAGCAUCAACAGAACGAGAAGGAGCAAGAGCAGAAACAGCAGCAGCAAUAGCAGCAACAGAAGCAGCAACAGCAGUUGUAAUAGUGGCAGCAGCAGCAGCAGCAGCAGCAACAGCAGCAGCGAGAGCAGCAGCAAUAGCAACAUCAGCAGCACCACCAACAGGAGCAUCAACAGCAACAACUGCAGCAACAGCAGGAGCAGGAAAAGCAGGAUCAGCACCUGGCUCUGCGUUGCUGCAGCGCGAGUUCAGCAGCAACAGCAACAUCAUUAAGGAGACAAAAGCCACCAGGAGAUAG